AUGAAGUCGGUAAAGAAAACCCCAAGGGGGGAGCACCACAGCCUCGUGCCGACGACGACGACCGCCGCGGCUAGUAGCACCGGCAACGGCACUAAGGACCAUAUCCACAAUGGCAGCAACGCCGCCGCGUCUCAGCGCACAUCAGUGCCGCUGCUGGACGAGGAGAACCUAAAGGUGAACACCGCUAGCACCUCCAGUGGCGCAGUAGGUGGCUUCACUCUAGUGCCGCACAGCGACGAUAGGCUGAAAGUGGGUGGCGCAACAAUAUCUGGGUCGCCGCCUAGCCAGCCACACAGCGUGGAGAAUAGCCACAUCUACACGAUGCUGCAGCAGCAGCAGGCUGUAGCCAUGGCCGCGGCGCAGUUGGAGCACGCGUACAACCAGACAUGUUACUUACUGCAGCAGUGCUCGCAUAACGCACUUCUCACAGUGCUCAUGUCGCUGCUGAACGACUACCCCACCACCCUAGUUCAGCCAAUCCGCAUGCGAGUGGAGCAAGUGUUGGCACAUCAGAUGUCCCCGUCCGCCUCUGGCCGCGUGGCGGUGCCAGGCAGAAGAGUAAGUGAAUUCGUGCCAAACAGCAGCGCCGCGCCUUGGACGCCGUCAAACAUGCGUGGCAGCGCCGCCACGACGCCGACGGCGAACAGCACCACCCCCAGUCACCGUCGCGGUCGGGGACACAAGGGUAAGGAGGAAGAGCAGGAGAUGUGCAGCAUCCACAACAACUUGCGGGCGAUGAAGCACCUCCAACUGAACGUCUCCACUGGACUGUACGAGUGCAUACACGGUUUUCACUGCCUCGUGGACGGUCCGACGGACGCGUCUCCGAAGCGGCUGAGCACGGCGUCGGUGGUGUCGCCUUCCACCUCUGCCUCCCGCGCCAACGGCCCUGCGCCGUCUGCCGACAGGCAGCCGUUUGUCCCUCCCCCCACCAUCGUCUCACCGGCUGCGGCGGAGUCGCGCUUCAGUGUGUCGGAGGUCGAGGCGCUGCGCAUGUUGGGGUACCCUCUGCCGAACACCAACUCCGACGAACCGCAGCCGACACUGCAGCAGCCUCACCAGCAGUUCUCGCACCCCUCCCUGCGCAGCUCGGGUCUCGGCCUCAGUGGUCCCAGCCACCACGACCCCGAGAGUUCACAGCUCGCCAACGGGGGCGGAUUCACGGUGAUCAGCGGCGACAGGUCGAGCGCCGGCAACUCGCCUCUUGACGCCCGCCUCAGCAUGGAUAUACCCUCGCUUGAGUACCUCCUGCAGAGCGUCCGUGAUAUCGAUGACGACUAG